GGGCGCGCGCGAGUCGUGGCGGGAACUGAGAGGCAGCUGUCUAGUUUCUUCCGCGCGGUACCCGAGUCCGCUCUCUGUCAGCGCCGGCAUGGAGGCUCCGGCCGUCCGGAAGCAGCAGCAGCAGCAGCAGCCUGCGGCCAAAAGCAGGAACCUGCCUUGGGUUGAAAAAUACCGACCACAGACACUGAAUGACUUAAUCUCUCAUCAGGAUAUCCUAAGCACCAUCCAAAAAUUUAUCAGUGAAGAUCGACUGCCACAUCUGCUUCUUUAUGGCCCCCCCGGGACAGGAAAGACAUCCACCAUUCUGGCCUGUGCCAAACAACUCUACAAAGACAAAGAGUUCAAUUCCAUGGUCCUGGAGCUCAAUGCUUCUGAUGACCGAGGAAUAGAUAUUGUACGGGGACCGAUUCUGAGCUUUGCCAGCACAAGGACGAUAUUUAAGAAAGGUUUUAAACUCGUGAUACUGGAUGAGGCAGAUGCCAUGACCCAGGAUGCUCAGAAUGCCUUGAGAAGAGUGAUUGAAAAAUUCACAGAGAACACCAGAUUUUGUCUCAUCUGUAAUUACCUGUCAAAGAUCAUCCCCGCCCUGCAGUCUCGAUGCACCAGGUUCCGAUUUGGUCCCUUGACUCCAGAGCUGAUGGUUCCCCGCCUGGAGCAUGUCAUAGAAGAAGAGAAUGUUGACAUAAGUGAAGAUGGAAUGAAAGCUCUCAUCACCCUUUCUAGUGGUGACAUGCGAAGGGCCCUGAACAUUUUGCAGAGCACCAACAUGGCUUUUGGGAAGGUGACCGAAGAGACGGUGUAUACCUGCACAGGGCACCCGCUCAAGGCUGACAUCGCCAACAUUCUGGACUGGAUGCUGAACCAGGACUUCACCACAGCGUACAGGAAUAUCAUGGAACUGAAAACCCUCAAGGGUUUGGCACUGCAUGAUAUUCUGACAGAGAUACACUUAUUUGUACAUCGAGUUGAUUUUCCACCUGCAGUUCGAAUACAUUUGCUGAUCAAAAUGGCAGAUAUUGAACACAGACUUGCUGUUGGCACAAGUGAGAAGAUUCAGCUAAGUUCUCUCAUUGCUGCUUUUCAAGUCACCAGAGAUUUAAUUGUAGCAGAAGCCUGAGCAAAAGUAGUUUCUAAGCACGUCUUCAGCAAUGAUUAGAAAACAAGACUCCUACUUCUCUGACUCUUGGGGUGAAGCAGUGGCCCCGGAGAGCUGGAAAUGGACAAGAAGUCCUAGAAACGUUGACUUUCCCCAUUUGGGUAAUAAGGUAAUGUCCAGGGACAUUUGGGUGUUAAAACUGCUGCAUUGUUUGGAGUGAGAAUAGGCGGCUAUUUCAUGGUCUGACCUUGGGAUGCCCAGUUUAUUGAAGGCCUUUUUGCCCACCUGGGGCUCUGAUAGAGGGAGAGUAGUCCCUAAGUGUGCCUGCCCCAAGUGGAGCUGUCCCAGAGAGUAAUAUUUGUUUUUUCAAGUGUAAUCUGUGAUAAAAUCUUCUUUGUCUAUUUAAAGACAUUAUUGGAUUUAUGGUUGAAAAUAAAUUUUGUGCUUUUGUAAGACUGAUCUUUAAUAAAUGACCAAUAAAGGAUAAAAGACCAAUAAA